AUGCUUCCAACACUCGCCAUUAUUCUUCGGCUAAUAACGAAGUUUGCUCGGCUAUCACCGUGGGGUUGGGAUGACUACACUAUCAUUGUGGCAUACAUUCUACUUGUGGCGUACGUGUCUUUACACGUCUUUCUCGAGGAUAACGGUGCUGGGAGAGAUCUAUGGACUCUCAGUGAUUCAGAAAUUACCCAUUUCUUCAAGGGCUUCUACGCACUACAAACUUUAUAUCAUUCAUGCAUCGACAUCAUCAAGGCAUCGAUUCUCUUCAUGUACCUCCGAAUCUUCCACCUGCCCGGCGAAAAAAUCACCAUUGCUUUGUGGGUUACGCAGGUCCUUAACCUCAUGAAUGGCAUCAUCUUCAUCUUCGUUGGCCUGUUCCAGUGCAAUCCCGUGAGUCUAGCAUGGACAUUCUGGACAGGGGAUGCGACUGGAAAGUGUAUCGAUAUCAUCUAUCUCGCGCUAGCACACGCAGGUAUCAACAUUGCGCUGGACGUUUGGAUGCUUGUUCUUCCUCUGACACAAGUUUGGGGCAUGAAUCUGGCUCGCCGCAAGAAGUUUGCUAUCAUGUUCAUGUUCAGUCUUGGUCUGUUUCUCACAGUUGUAAGCUGCAUCCGGAUCAAAGCAAUCUUAGAUUUCAGAAAAGAUCCGCUCAACCCUACCGUGGCCAUGAUGCCCAGCGUCAUUUGGACGGACCUUGAGCUGUACGUCGGAAUUUUCACGGCUUGCAUACCAACUCUUCGUCAAUUCUUUGUUCGGUUCAUUCUUCAACAGUCAGAAAAGAAGAAGCGCUUGAGUUCAGCUGCGGCUGAGUACAGAAGCUCAAUUCUCACGCCGAAGAAGGGCGGGUCGCAGCAAAUGAGCGAGCUCGACACCGUAGAUGAGAGCAGCCACAAUAAUUCUCCAUAA